GCGAGAGUGUUUCAAAGUGAGCCGUCGUCGUUUUUUCGGCGAGCUCCUCGUGUGACUCGGCAAGAGCUCGCCUCGCCGCCAUCCGACUAGUCCGGAGCCAUUCUGCGCUCCCCUCGCCCAACAACAUGACUCCCGGUCGCUCGGAGCUCCUCGACUAAAUAUAACCUCGUCUGACGCCACGCCGUGAAGCAAAUCGUUCCGACCGAGACGCCCGGAGACCACCGCCGCAAAGGGGGAGGUGGGGGCUGUGCUAUUCACAAUGACCAACGAGGAGCCUUUGCCCAAAAAGGUUCGCCUCAGUGAAUCUGACAUGAAGACCUUGACCAGAGAAGAGCUGUGCACCAGGUGGAAGCAGCACGAGUCUUAUGUGCAGGUCCUGGAGGCCAAAUACGCAGAGCUUUGUUCCAAUGACGUCACGGGCCUGAAGGAAUCGGAGGAGAAGCUCAAGCAGCAGCAGCAGGAUUCCGCACGCAGGGAGAACAUCUUGGUCAUGCGGCUCGCCACCAAGGAGCAGGAGUGCACAACGCACAUCCAGUACCUGAAGCAAGCCCAGCAACCCAGCGCGGCGCAACUGCGCUCGUCCAUGGUGGACCCGGCCAUCAACUUGUUUUUCCUCAAAAUGAAGGCCGAACUGGACCAGACUAAAGACAAACUGGAGCAGGCCCAAAAUGAACUGAGUGCCUGGAAAUUUACACCUGAUAGCCAGACGGGGAAGAAGCUGAUGGCCAAGUGCCGCAUGCUGAUCCAGGAGAACCAGGAGCUGGGCAAGCAGCAGUCCCAGGGGCGCAUCGCCCAGCUGGAGGCUGAGCUGGCCCUGCAGAAGAAGUACAGCGAAGAGCUGAAGAGCAGUCAAGACGAACUGAAUGACUUCAUCAUCCAGCUGGAUGAGGAAGUGGAGGGGAUGCAGAGUACCAUCUUGGUCCUGCAGCAGCAACUCAAGGACACGCGGCAGCAACUCACCCAGCCUCCCCAGGGGGUGUCGGCCGGGCCCAGCAGGACGUCGCCGGGCGCCGAGCCGUCCGAGCAGGGCGCCGCCGCCGCUGCCGAGCCCAAGGGGAAAGACUUCGGGAGGGUGUCCAACGGGCCCAGCAAGGCGGCCUCUUCCCAGAAAGGCGCUUCCAAGCCGGGCCUGUACCGGGAGGUGAGCAGCACCGACGAAGACUUUGCCGCGUCGCCUAUGGCGUCCAGCCCGGGAGAAGCCGAGACCAAACUGUCCAACCACUCGGAGGAGGCGUCGGGGAGUCAGGGCGGCGGCGGUGGCGGCGCCGCCCGGGCGGGGGCGCCCGCCGGUUUGAGCGCGGGCUACGAGAGCGUGGACUCUCCGACGGGCAGCGAGACCUCUUUGACUCAGCACUCGAACGACACGGACUCCACCACCGACCCCCACGAGGAGAAGGCUGCCCAGGUCACCAAGGGCGCCAGGACUUCACGGCACGCUCAAAACGGCCUGGACUCCACCUCGGGCGACGGCGCUGUUUUGUAAUGUACCUUUGGGGGUCAAAAAAAAAAACAAAACAAAAAAAAAGUAUGGUCUCUCUCUUUUCUUUUUGUUUUAUACAGAACAUGACAACAAAUGCAUAGUGUGUAACGCAGCACUGCUGUCAGUCAUUUUGUUUUCCUGCCCCCCCCCCCCCUCUUUUUGCUUCUUGUGAAACACAUUUGGGAACACGAGAGAUGGUUCGUCAUAGACACAAAAAUGGAUGUUGGAUUUAAAAGAACAACACAAGUAUGUUUCAUUCUGCUGUUAAUUUUGAGUCAGCCUCACACACCAGCUGUUGUAACUCGUUCAAGUUUGGAAAAAAAAAAUGAUGCGGCAUAAAUCUCACUUAGAUUGACCUGUGUUCAUAUAUAUUUUUUUUAAUUUCAAUUUUAAAAUUUCAUUUUAAAACAAAUUCAAAAGAUUCUGUGAGUAGUUUAUAUAAGAUGUCCAUAUUCUGACUUCAGUCCUUUUCAUGUACUGACCAAAUACCAAUAAAGGAUUUUAAUACUAAAGAAA